AUGGUCAAGCUUGAACCGUCGGAAAAGACAAAGAAGAGAAACAAGAAGUUGUUUGACGACGACGACUUUUUCGUGAUCAAGAAGAAGAAAUCAAAAAGCUCAGCGCCCGAGGUUAAAGCAGAGAUCAAAUCGAAUUCAGUGAUUGAACCCAAAGCAGAAGAGACACAAGACAACAAGGCAAAGACAGAACCCAACCACCUACCGCUGCCGCCUAAAACCAGUACAGUUGAUACCCAGCCUGAGCUGCUAUCUUCCGAAGAUUUGGUGGAGUCUUUCCAUACAGCUCAUACUACAUCCGAAGCUGAUGAGAUAUUCGAGAUACGUCAUACGAACACAGAACUGGAACCUGUGGAGGUUAUAUCGGACGAGUCAGAUGGUGAAUUUGACGAGCUUAUCAAAGCACACACUAGCCAAAAACAAAGUGAUCACGAGUCCGACAGAUGUUACGACAUCUCCAUUACAUCGAAGUUAGGACCGGAAGAAAAGCACAUGAUUACAUCCAAAGGCAAUAAGACAUUCAUGGAAAUCUUGGAUGAUAUUCGAAUUCAAGCAACGCACAAUUUUGUUCCAUUUAGGCUCAAGGGAGGUUGUCUAAUAUGGAUCAAAGGGAAGCUGGAGUUGAAGCCUUUCUUUAGGCCUAGCACGCUACGUAUUCCUCCAAGCACAGACCCAACGGCAAAUACACCUAUUGAUUGCUUGUACAUACCAGAAGUCUGUCGCCAAAACUUCGAGGAGAUUUACCCUGAGUUCAAUGAAUUUACUAAUGUCAACGAUCCAGAGGAAGACUUGGCUAUAGUAGAUGUCAAGGACGAAAAAGCUGAAGAGGAGAAAGUUGAGAAGAAGGACGAAUACUUCAUCAUCGGCCUCAAAGGAAAGGACAAUAAGCGCAUAGAGGCCGAGGUAGGUCCUCAGACCAAGAUAAAAGCCUUGCUCGAGCACUACCUAAAGUCGAAGGAGAUCGAUGCGAGCCUGGUUUCAAAAGCCAGACUAGUAUUUGACGACGAGGAUUUGGAUCUAGAAGGUGUCGUGGGCGAUACUGAGCUAGAAGAGGAUUUUGAAGUGCAGGUGUAUAUUAAUUGA